AUGACUUUCUUCGAAGGGCAAAACACAAACAGUAAUGCUGAAAAUACCUAUUGCUCCGCCUGCCUGGAUCCAAUACUCGAUGAAUCUAGCUAUGGUUGCGAUAAAUGUGACUAUUUUCUCCACAAAAAAUGUGCAGACCGACCCAGUGAAAUUUCCCAUCCUAUCCACCAAAGACACCCUCUUCUUCUUCAACCCAACCAGCAGGGACUUGAUUGUGCUAUGUGCUUCAGCAGUGGGCAGAACCUAGUUUAUUGCUGCUCUCUCUGUCAGUUUUCCCUUGAUAUCGAAUGUGCUGAAGUUUUACCUCCGGUUUUUCAAUCUCAAGCCCAUGAACACCCUUUUAGCCUCCUCUGCAAGGAAAUCUCAUUCUGUUGUGAUGCUUGUGGCAAAGAUGGCUCUCACUCUCCCUACGUUUGCUUCUCCUGCAACGUCACAGUUCACGGUCACUGUACUUCAUUACCAAGAACCAUCAGAAUAAUUCGCCAUGAACAUCUUCUCCGACACACUUAUUUUCUUCAUCAAAGUGAGACUGAUUGGCGCCUCUGUUCGAUUUGUCACAAGGAUAUGAGGGCAGAUCGUGGGUGUUAUCAUUGUCCAGCAUGCGAUUAUGCCGCCCAUGUCCACUGCGCAACACGCCCUGAAAUAUGGGAUGGCACAACAAGAGAUGAAGAUACGCAGGGCAGUGAGGCCAGGAUAGAUUCUAUAAUCAGGAUUGUCAAGGAAAUCAAGCUGGGUGAAGAGAUGAUUGCAGCCGAGAUUGAGCAUUUCAGCCAUGAACAUACCUUGAUUUUCAGCAAUGAGGUUAAGGAUAAUAAAUGUUGUGAUGGGUGUGGUAUACCCAUUUUGUCUCCAUUUUAUAGCUGUGAAGGGUGUGAUUUCUUCCUCCAUAAAACUUGUGCUGAAUUACCCAGAAAUAAGCGUUACCCAUUUCACCAGCAUACACUUACUCUACGACCAAAAUCGCCUCAUUCUAACAGAGUCUUCGCAUGUAAUGUCUGUUCAACUUACUCCAACGGCUUCUCUUACAACUGCGAGAGAUGCAGUUUUGAUCUAGAUCUUAGCUGCUCCUCAAUUUCAGACACCCUUAUCCAUGAAGCUCACGAACAUAGCCUCAUUGUCUUCUUCCAGAAUGCUGGACUGUGGGAAUGCAACGGCUGUGGUGAGAUGGGAAAGAACAGACUGGUAUGCCGUACAUGUGGCUAUGCUCUUGAUUUCAAAUGUGCGACAUUACCACUCACAGCUAUGCAUAGCUAUGACGACCAUCCUCUGAAACUCACCUUCCAGGAUGAUUCAGAUUCAGAUAAACUUUAUUGCGAUGUAUGCGAAGAUAAGAGAGAGACAUAUCAUUGGUUCUACUCCUGUGAUGAUUGCGGUGUCACCAUUCAUCCUGAAUGUGUAUUUGGCAAGUAUCCUUAUAUUAAGGUUGGAGAUACUUACACAGUUGAUUCUCACCCGCACUCCCUCCGUUUCGUGAAGAAGACAGAGAAGUAUCCUUCCUGCAACUCUUGCGACCAACCCUACACAGAUUUGGCACUCGAGUGUACAGAAUCUGAAUGUAGUUUUAUAGUCCACUGGGAAUGUGUUGCUCCUAACAAGUCAUGAUUUUAGAACGUACUCGGCAGCCAAUAAAUAUAAGUUUCUGCUACAAACGCAGGAAAGGGAACAAGAGACUAAGAUGGAGAUCAAACAUAAAGCUCACCCCCAUCAAUUGAGUUUUGCCAUUUUUGCUCCUAAGACAGAUCCAGGAUUUCUGAAUGAAUAUUAGAGUGUACUUUUUUUUAGAUGUUAUUGCAUAUAUGCAUUAUGUAUAUCGA